CUUUGAGAAGAAAGGAGAUGAAGUGGAGGGUCGCUGGCUCGAUAUUCGGCAGCUACUAGACCCAGUUGGGCUUAAGACAGUCGGAUCGGAUUCACUUGCGAUAAGAUUGGCGAGGGGUUGAGGCUGGCGCUGCCGUCGGCUAGAGAGCUGGCCUCGUCUCUAUUUACAAAGCAGGAAGCUCAUGGUCAACUGUGGAAUUCCACUCUCAAAACACGACUUCCACCCGCAAUCCACUCCAAUUCCUACGAAUACGUACCCUGGUACUCGCUUUCAAAUCAAACCAUCUUCGUUGCUAGAAAUACAUCUGCGACCUUGUAGAGAAUAGCCUGGAACCGAGCACCCAGAAUUAACCCCACAAUCGACCCCUACGGCCAGCUUCAACCUCCUUUUACAACGGACAGUGAAUCGUGCUGGGAAUAGGAUUUGGUCUGCGGAAGAAAUCUGCCCCAAGGUGUCAGAUCAGCAAUACAAUAAAAGAAAAGAUCUGUUCGAUAAGGUCUCCGCGGCAAGUGGGCAAUCCAAAUAUGGCGGAAUACAAGAUAUCAGCCAUUCUGGCAGAGCAUGAUGACGAUGUCCGAGGUGUAGCUUUCCCCUCUUCGAAAGCAGUUCUCUCCGCGUCAAGAGAUGGAACAGUUCGAUUAUGGAAACUCUUAUCCGACAACCCUCCCCUCUACGAUGGAACGAUAUCCUCUCAUGCCGGUUCUUGGAUGAAUACUGUCGCAUACCUAAAACCAAGUACGGCCUUUCCAGAUGGAUUGAUAAUCUCGAGUGGGAAGGACGUGGUUAUUGAUGUCCGUCAACCAACAAAGGCUGCAGAAGAAGAUGCGGAAGCACUGUUGCUUGGUCACAGCAGGGAUGUAUGCGCAUUGGAUAUCGACCCAGCAGGUAAAUACAUCGUCAGUGGAUCUUGGGAUCAUGAUGCGAGAGUAUUUCCUGUGGGGAAGUGGGAAUGUUCAGCAGUAUUGAGAGGACACGAGGGAACGGUCUGGGCUGUUUUGGCAUAUGACGACGAAACCAUCGUUACUGGAUGUGCAGACCAAAAGAUUCGCAUAUUCAACAAGGCGGGGAAGCUAUUACAAUCAUUUCAAGCAAGCAAUUCUCCAGUUCGAGCCUUAUGUCGACUUCCCAAAGGCCACCCUUCUGGUGGCGACUUUGCUUCUGCGGAUAAUGAUGGCGCCAUUCGAUUAUGGAAGAUCUCAGGGCAGCAAGUAGGCGAAUUGCGUGGUCACGAAAGCUUCAUUUAUUCUUUGGCUGCAUCACCAAGCGGAGAGCUGGUCAGUUCUGGAGAGGAUCGGACACUGAGAGUAUGGAAGGGAAAUCAAUGCAUUCAGACUAUUACACACCCUGCGAUAUCUGUCUGGUCUGUUGCUGUCUGCGCAGAAAAUGGAGAUAUUGUGUCUGGAGCCAGCGAUCGGAUAGUACGAGUAUUCACAAGAGAUCCAGAACGUUUUGCAAAUGCAGAGACAACAGCUCAGUUUGAAGAUGCUGUGAAGGCGUCGUCAAUACCCCAGCAGACGCUGGACGUAAACAAGGAGAAUAUGCCGGGGCCAGAAUUCUUGACCCAGAAGUCGGGUACCAAAGAUGGGCAGAUUGUGACAAUUCGAGAAUUGGACGGUUCAGUAACAGCACAUUCGUGGUCAUCUGGCCAGAGAGAAUGGACUUUAGUCGGUACUGUGGUUGAUGCCGUUGGUAGCAGUAGUAAGAAGACCGAGUACAAGGGUAAGGAGUACGACUUUGUCUUUGAUGUGGACAUGGAAGAUGGAAAACCACCAUUGAAGCUACCAUAUAAUGUAUCUCAGAACCCUUACGACGCAGCCACGAAAUUCAUUCAAGACAACGAGGCUCCUAUCACGUACCUUCAGCAAGUAGCGAACUUUAUUAUUCAGAACACGCAAGGAGCUACUAUCGGUCAAAGUCAGGCACAGACCGGAGCAUCCGAUCCUUGGGGGAGCGAAAACCGAUACCGACCUGAUCAGCCCAGUACUCCAAGUGUCCCUGCAGCCCCACCAAAGAGUCUUCCACAGAAGGAAUACCUGUCAAUACUGGUUGCUCGAGUUCCUACGAUCCAAAAGAAAAUUGGAGAGCUGAGCCAGGCAUUGGUGGCAAGCGGGCAGAAAGAUCUUGGGCUAAGUCCCAGCGAGACAGCUACGUUGAACACACUCUGCAAACACCUUGACGACUCAGGAGCAACCGCCAAUUCUCAAAACGUAGACGGCGGACUAGAUCUCAUCAUCAAGCUCGUCACAACAUGGCCGUACAAAGACCGUAUGCCAGGGCUUGACCUCCUCCGUCUCCUAAUCGUCGCUCCGGACACCGCAAAAUUCGACCACCCCGGCGGCAACAUUGUCGACCUCCUCCUCGUCGGUGCCGUGGAGACUGACUCCCCUGCCGAAAACCAUGUCAUGAUGGCUACCCGCGCCUUCGCCAAUCUCUUCUCCUCAUCAGAAGGCCGCGUUUUGGCCAUUAAGGAGUUUGAGAAGAUCCAGGACACCGUCUCAACAGCCAUCAAGAGUAGCACGAACCGCAAUCUGCUGGUUGCAGCUACGACCGUCUAUAUCAACUACGCAGUGCUCUUCCUCUCAGAUAAAGACAACGCGUCAUUUGAACACGUCCUCGCUAUCGUCGACACACUCUCCAAGAUCCUCUCCUCGCAAGCCGACUCGGAAGUCGUCUUCAGAGCGCUGGUUGCGACGGGCACGAUCCUGCAUAUUGAUGAUGAAGUCAAGAGCGCGGCGAAGGAUGUUUAUGGCAUUGAGAAGAGUAUCUCUACUGCGUUGGCGAAGGCCACGGAUCCGAGGAUUAAGAAUGCGGCGAGGGAGAUUAGGGAGUUGUUGAAGUGAGGUGAGGGUGGUGGCUUGGUUGAGCUAUGGAAUGGAUGAGAGAUGAUGGUGGGGGGUGACGCGGGCGAGCAACGCUGCAUUUUUAGAGAGCUUGAUUGUGUGAACGAAAGCAUUGCGAGCAUGUCAUUCCAGAAUCUUUACAUAGAAAAUACAAGGAUUUCACCUACCAUUCAGCAACCAAGACGAGAGAAUACUAGCUGCAAAAUGCCGCCGAGUACGUGAUGAGCUGAAAUGAGUUGAAUCCAAUUGAGUAUCCGCUCGCUUCUAAAUCAGAAAUGUUCAACGCCCAGGAAUCUAACAUGCUAUCCGAACCCAAAACCCAUGUCAUCUGAUCUCGUCUCAUCUCGUCAUAUAAAUCGUAUCUUACAUCGCUCUGCAUACAAGCGUUCCUCAUUCGCUCAUUCAUUCCUCGGCUUCCGUCUCUAUUAUCCCCAGGCUUGCCUGGCCCAUCAUCCAACAGUCUUCAACACGCCCGCAACCAAAUAGAUUCUCCUCCUAUAUAAGUAUAAGUCUACCAUCCAACCAACACCUUACCC